ACCAAUCAGCGUGCAGGUGUGCGUGCUGAGCAGCCAAUCGGGUGCAGGUUUGGGUGGCAGCGAAGCGUCUCCUCCGGCGGCCGGCGAGCGGAGGAUCGUGUGUGCGGUAAUAGUGCGUCUCCCCGACCCUUGUCUUGGAAUCGCAGUUGCCAUGUCGGGCCCCGAGCUGCUCCUGGACUCCACCAUCCGCCUGUGGGUGGUGCUGCCCAUCGUCUUCAUCACCUUCUUUGUCGGCAUGAUCCGCCAUUAUGUCUCCAUCCUGCUGCAGAGUGACAAGAAGCUGACACAGGAGCAGGUGGCUGACAGUCAGGUGCUGAUUCGAAGCAGAAUUCUCAGAGAAAAUGGCAAAUACAUUUCCAAGCAGUCUUUUCUGAUAAGGAAAUUCUACUUCAACAACGCGGAAGACGGAUUCUUCAAGAAGACGAAGAGGAAGGUGGUGCCCCCCUCCCCCAUGACAGAUCCCACGAUGCUGACAGACAUGAUGAAGGGAAAUGUGACCAACGUGCUGCCCAUGAUCCUCAUCGGAGGCUGGAUCAACAUGACCUUCUCCGGGUUUGUGACAACUAAAGUUCCCUUCCCCCUGACGCUUCGCUUCAAGCCCAUGUUACAGCAGGGGAUUGAGCUGCUCUCGUUGGACGCCUCCUGGGUCAGCUCAGCCUCCUGGUACUUCCUCAAUGUGUUUGGCCUGAGGAGCAUCUACUCUCUGAUCCUGGGGCAGGACAAUGCUGCAGACCAGUCGCGCGUCAUGCAGGAGCAGAUGACGGGCGCGGCGAUGGCGAUGCCCGCUGACCCCAACAAGGCAUUCAAGACGGAGUGGGAAGCGCUGGAGCUCACCGACCACCAGUGGGCACUGGACGACCUGGAGGACGAGCUCCUGGGGACCGACCUGAACUUCGAGGGAAUGUUUAAGAGAGAGCUGCAGACCGCCAUGUUCUGAGCCGCUGGUGUCCUCACUGGUGCGCGGCCUCU